AUGAAUAUAAAGUGCAAAAAGUGUGGUCGUGAUUUCAGUUCAUCGAAGUAUAAAUUCUGUCCAAAUUGUGGAAAUGCCUUUACCGAUACCGAUAGUAAAACAAUCGACUCCAAACAGCGACGUUCUUGCGAUACAUUCGAACAGUUCAAAGCAAAAAAAAGCCAACAACGUGCUACAUUCUUUCGGGGAAAAACCAAAAGUUCUACUCCCCAAAAUAAAGACGUUCUGAUCAAUAUUGGUGUUAUGAAGUACGACCGUGAUUCUCUGGAUUCCUCCAACGAGUAUACACCUAUCAGAGGGAAGUCAUUGCCUUUAAAAAUAAAGAAAGAAGCAAAUUACGCCCAACUUUUGACAGCGGCAUUAGUGAAAAGAAAGGCAUACGAUCAAGCCUUUAAUGAAAAACUAGACUGGAACAUUCAUUAUCCUGAUGGGCAGAUAGCGUUGAAUUUACCAGGGCAGACUGAAUCACCAUUUCGUCUUUGCGAUUAUAAGGAGGAUCUUGGAAAGAAUUAUUCUAGAAUAACUCUAUAUUUGUGCACAGAAAGUGCUGACGAAAACACAGAAAGUGUAGAGAAAGAUAUGUUUAUUUCAAGUAGUGAUGGCAACGAAUAUGAUCAAUCAAUGGAUGUGAAAACCAGUCAAAACAACACGGAUAAAAACCCAUCAGAUGCAGUUACAUAUGUCCAAAGCACCUCUGAUCUAACAUACCAUGGAACCAAUGAAGGUCCAAGCACAUCAACAUUGAUGCAAGAUGAUGUUGACUGGUUGUAUGCAUCUUUAUUUGUUAUGUGAUGAAACUGACUUUGUUGAUUUUGAAGGCAUGAGUGAUGUUGAUGUUGAAUUAGAUCAAAACAACAAAUCUCCCAUUUCCCAGCUGUCUACACAGCCACUGCCAGAUAUACUUAAAAAUCUAUCCAGUGUCAUUAAUUCAGAAUCUAUAUCAAAAUUCAACAUUAGCCGUAGCCAUUUGUGGGAGGGUACUGUUAGAGGUUUAACCAGAAAAUCGUUUUCUCCAAACAACAAGGUUUCCAUUAAAUUUUGUGAUGAUGUUGGUGCCACUGAAGGGGCUAUAGAUGCAGGGGGGCCCAAAAGAGAAUUUUUCACCUUGGUUUUAGAUUGGUUAAUGAACUCACAGCUCUUUUCUGGAAGUGAUCAUUGUAAAUAUCUUUCCUGUCAUGCUAAUUCUCAAGCUAGUGAUCAUUAUUUUUAUGCUGGACAAGUAGUGGCAAUGUCCCUUGUUCAUAUGGUGGUCCUGGGUUUUCCUGUCUCUCACCAAGUCUUUAUCAAUGCAUUUUAGAUGGCCCAAAUAAUGUUUCUGUUAGUGUAAGUGAUGUUUAUGACUUUGAAUUGAAGUCUAACUUGGAAAAAUUAUUAAAUGCCAAGAGCACUGAUGAGGCAAACACAAUGAUUAACAGUUCUCCUCUAAGCACACUCCUAUGUCUUGCAGGAACCUUCAAAUUCAUAUCAUCCCUGGAUGAUAUAUCAACACUAGUUCAGCAAACUGUUAAAUGGUUCUUAUUUGGCAGGUCACAUUUUUCUCAAGAACAAUUUGUUAAAGGGCUGUCUGUGUUAGGAGUUUAUGAGUCUAUGUUGAAAAAUCCUGAUUCUUUCCACCCAGCCUUUUGCUACUCACCUCAGCAACUGAAUGCUGAAAUUAUGUCAGAAUUGUUUCAAACUAAGUUUAGUGAGGUCGGGUCUAAUCGUCAUUGCUGUGAAUCCUUGGUCAUAUCACACUGGAAUGAUUUUUUGCUAGAUGCAUGUUGAAGAGAGGGAGGGAACAGAAGUAACAUUUCAUGAUAUUCUCUUUUUUACUAGUGGCUGUAAAGUUAUACCACCAUUUGGCAUAAAAUUGUUUUUAGAGUUUCUACAUAAUCCUAAAAAAUGGUAAAAUGUCUAAUUUCCCAAAAGCUAACACAUGUGCUUGUAUUCUCAGUUUGCCCAUCACCCAUAGCUCAUAUGAUAUGUUUAAGGAGGAUCUUUCAUUUGCUUUCCUUAACACACGCGGAUUUGGGGAACCGUAAUUUGAUACACAUAGGACACUGUGUCUGCAAUAUAUAAAUACAAAAGUUGAUAUUGACAUGUUCAGAUUAUGACAUUAAAUAAUACCUAGCAGUAAAGACAGUUUGUCAGUUUACUUACUGGUAUUUACUAAUGAGUAUAUAUUAUACUAAAUUAAGUGAGGCUGAUGUGACACUAAAGGAAACCAA